AUGAGACAACUCAUUAGUCUCAUCGUCUUCUUAGUCUUAUUUUUAGUGGUCGGAGAGAAUGGGUUCGUAUAUGCUUAUUCUAGAAUACGGAGUUCUAAAGGGCAAAGUUUAGCAAGUUAUAAAAAUUUAGAAAAGCGGAUGAAUAGUGUUGUCGGUCAAAGUAAUAGAGAUAUGAUCAAGACAUCAAUAACAACGCCAUAUGAUGCCUAUCCGACAAUACAUAGAGCAACUUCUUAUGCCCCUUCUCCCACGACCACUAAAAAAGCAUUCCCUGAAAAUAAAGUGGACGAUUACGUGAGAGCUCGAGACGUCUCACCCAAUAUAUCAGUACCUAAUCUUCAACCUAAUAGUCAAUCUAAUAGUCAAUCUAAUAAUCAACCCAGUAGUCAAUCUAAUAAUCAACCCAGUAGUCAAUCUAAUACACAAUCUGAUAAUACUCCACAAAAUAACAAUAGCCCUGGUACAUCGUCUGAUACAUCACAAAAUAACAAUAAACCUAAUACACAAUCUACAUCGUCCGAUACAUCACAAAAUAACAAUCAACCUAAUACACCAUCUACAUCGUCCGAUACAUCACAAAAUAAUAAUAAACCUGAUACAUCACAAAGCAACAAUUCUAAUUCAAAAGAUACACCAAUUGAUAUUUCACCAACCGAUUCAACUGAUACCUCAAAUGGCAAAAACACCAGUCCUAGUGGGACAUCAGAUUCUAGUUCGCCAUCAGGAAAUAGUAUACCUUUACCAGACAUACCAGUUCCCAGUUCGUCAUCAGAUUCUAAUUCGCAACCUAACCAACCUGUACGUGCUGUCGAUCAACCAGCAGAUCCAUCAACUGAUACUAGUUCGCAAUCAGGAAAUAAUAUUCCUUUACCAAACAUACCAGUUCCCAGUCCGCCAUCAGAUUCUAAUUCGCAACCUAACCAACCUGUACUUGCUGUCUCUCCACCAGCACCAAAUCCAUCAACUCCCGAUCCAACACCAGAUACUAGUUCGCAAUCAGGAAAUAAUAUUCCUUUACCAAACAUACCAAUUCCCAGCUCGUCAUCAGAUUCUAAUUCGCAACCUAACCAACCUGUACUUGCUGUCUCUCAAGCACCGCAACCAGAAGAAUCACAAAAUCAAAAUAUUCCUAUGCCAAGCCUAGCAAUUCCCAAUCCGCCAUCACCAGAUCCUAGUUCUCCUAACCAACCUGUACGUGCUGUCUCUCAGCCAAAUCAAGUUCAAAAUCCUACACCGGCUCCAAAUUCUAAUCCUUCAGAAGUUAUUCCCCCUCCACUAAAUCCUACACCGGCUCCAAAUUCUAAUCCUAGUGCGGCGGCACCAAAUGCUAAUCCUAGUGCGGCGGCACCAAAUGCUAAUCCUAGUGCGGCGGCACCAAACUCACAAAAUCCUACUGCGGCACCUGAUUCUCCACAAGCUGCAUCUGCCGCACCAAUUGUGACAGUAGUUCCUGCUAACAGUAAUUCACCAAAUGGCGCUUCACAAACAAUUACUUUAGUACCUACUAGCGAGGUUUUAACUAGUGUAGUUCCGACAGUUGCAACAAUAUUAAACAGUAAAUCUAGUUAUCAAUUAUCAACAUAUAGUAUAACAAAUCUUAUUACAACUAGUUAUUUAGCUCCUAAAACAAUGGGAUCUUAUACUCCAGAAGGUACUUCAAUAAAUCAUCCUUCUAGCACAGAUUCGGCUGAUUUUCCAGAUACUAGUCAUAUUAUUGGACCAAUAUUAGGUGCAAUAACAGCUGCUGUAUCAAUAAUGUUUAUUGUAGCUUUAGUUAUUAUUAGGAGAAAAAAGAGUGCCAAAGGACAUUAUAAACUUGAUGAUUUUGAUUAUGAUGAUUUUGAUGCUAAUAACGUGUUACAAUCACCAGAGAUGGCAUAUAUGGGUAAUUCUUAUAGUGAUGUAGUUGAUCCAUAUUAUGAUGCCAUUGAUAUUGAAAGUACUAGUAGCAGUAAUGGUGGCUCUGGUGCCGUUGGUAUGUUGAUUGAUAUUCCAACUCCGACUACUCCGACUACUCCGUCUCCAUCUUAUGAUGGAAGAAGUAGAUUCACUGAAAAGUUCUAA